GUACGAAAUAAAUUAAAAAAAAAAAAAAAAAAACAAAGGGAGAAAGACAGAUUAUACUCGAUCAUUGUCGAGCCUCUUCAUUUCAGAAUUCAGACACAGAGAUCGAAAUCGUUUCUUCCACGAUUGUUGCUCACACUGUCAUGCUCAACUUUCCCAAAGAAAUUUAAGACAACCAAUUGCCAAAAGUAUUAGAGAUGCUUUUCAAUUCUCAUUUCUUUGUGGACAUCUCGAAAUCCAGAUCCCCCUCUGCGAACCUGAUCUGAUCUCUCCAAUUCUCAAUCGAUGGCGGGCGCCGUUUCGGCGCUCUUUCUUCUUGACAUCAAGGGCCGGGUUUUGGUGUGGCGUGAUUACAGAGGAGAUGUCUCGGCAGUUCAGGCGGAGCGAUUCUUCACGAAGCAAAUCGAGAAAGAGGGAGAUCCGCAGUCUCAAGAUCCAGUCGUGUAUGAUAAUGGCGUCACCUACAUGUACAUACAACACAACAAUGUUUACCUAAUGACAGCUUCAAGGCAGAACUGCAAUGCUGCUAGUCAUCUUCUCUUUUUACACCGAGUAGUCGAUGUAUUCAAGCAUUACUUUGAAGAGUUGGAAGAGGAAUCACUAAGAGAUAAUUUUGUGGUUGUGUAUGAGUUACUUGAUGAAAUGAUGGACUUCGGUUACCCUCAGUAUACAGAAGCAAAAAUUCUUAGUGAGUUCAUCAAGACUGAUGCAUACAGGAUGGAAGUCACUCAGCGGCCUCCCAUGGCUGUAACCAAUGCAGUGUCUUGGCGCAGUGAAGGGAUUCGAUACAAGAAGAAUGAAGUGUUUUUGGAUGUGGUGGAAAGUGUCAAUAUACUUGUCAAUAGCAAUGGGCAAAUAAUUCGGUCAGAUGUUGUUGGUGCAUUAAAGAUGCGAACAUAUCUGAGUGGUAUGCCUGAAUGUAAGCUUGGGCUCAAUGACAGAGUAUUAUUGGAGGCUCAAGGUAGAUCAACAAAGGGAAAGGCCAUUGAUCUGGAUGAUAUCAAAUUUCACCAGUGUGUGCGUUUGGCACGUUUCGAAAAUGAUAGGACAAUAUCCUUCAUUCCCCCAGAUGGAUCUUUUGAUCUAAUGACAUACAGACUCAGUACUCAGGUAAAGCCAUUGAUCUGGGUGGAAGCUCAAGUAGAAAGGCAUUCAAGAAGUCGUAUGGAAAUCAUGGUAAAAGCCCGAAGCCAGUUCAAGGAGCGUAGCACUGCGACUAAUGUUGAAAUUGAGCUCCCUGUGCCAUCUGAUGCAACAAAUCCUAAUGUUCGAACUUCCAUGGGUUCGGCUGCUUAUGCUCCUGAAAGUGAUGCAUUGGUUUGGAAAAUAAAAUCUUUUCCUGGUGGCAAGGAGUACAUGUUAAGGGCAGAAUUUGUGCUUCCUAGUAUAACUGCGGAAGAAGCAAUUCCAGAGAGGAAAGCUCCCAUCCGUGUAAAGUUUGAGAUACCGUAUUUUACCGUCUCUGGAAUACAGGUCCGUUACCUGAAGAUUAUUGAGAAGAGUGGUUACCAGUCUCUUCCAUGGGUGAGAUACAUAACAAUGGCUGGUGAAUAUGAACUGAGACUUAUUUGAGAGGCCCCGACUGUUUCUGCUUUGGAACGGGCAACAUAUCUUAUGGGCUCCUACUAUCUAGAAUGAAAGCUGUAAAUGAUAUCAGGAAGCAUCUUAGGAGGUAACUGAUGCAUUCCUGUUUUAAUGGUAUGUUCAGUAUGAGCUUGCCUUAGCCUUCUUGUGUUUCCCUUUUUGGUCUGUGUGUUAUGUAACAAGUGGUUUGUAAGGGUGCAGUGGCUACCCAAAUAUGUUUACUCAUCCAUUUUUUGCAAGAAUUAAGAAUUAUUCAUUGGAAAUUAAAUGAUAGCUACGUUUUAAUGA